GUGUUAUAAGUGUACAGUAUUUGUUUGUGUCCGAUUUUACAGGGAGGAGUUAAGGGUGUUAAAAACUCUGGCUAAAGACAAAUUAGCUAAACUGACUAGGAACGUCUGCGGACUCCGAUGAAAGAGCUGUGCCAGCCCACUGUGAAAUGCUCCAGAGGCAGGUGCAUUUGGCCUAAACUCUCCAUUGGUGCACAUCAGGAUCCUGAAUAUAUCUGGUCAUUGUGGUGAUUUGCCCAAAGUGUAGCAUGACCUGCACCCUCAUGGACGAGGCUGUGCGAGGUAUUACCAUGUGCUUCCUGCUCCUACUGUUCCCUUCACCCUCUGUAGGCAGCCUGAAAGAGAGAGCGUUGCGCCUUAUGGCUGAGGAACGUCUAAUCGAUGGACACAAUGACCUUCCUUUACAACUGAGAAAACAGUUUGGUAAUAUGCUCAGCAAAAUUAACCUGCGCAGCCUCCCCAGCACUCUUACUGACAUAAAACGAAUGGACCAGGGUUAUCUGGGUACACAGAUCUGGUCAGCCUACACCCUCUGCUCUACUCAGAAUAAGGAUGCCGUGAGACUCACCCUGGAACAGAUUGAUGUCAUCAAAAGGAUGUGCAGCCAAUACGAUGAGCUGGAGCUGGUCACCUCCUCUGAAGGCAUUGAAAGAACCAAGAAGAUCAGCUGUCUGAUUGCUAUAGAGGGUGGCCAUGCCAUCGACAGCAGCCUGGGGACUUUACGAAUGUUUUACGACCUUGGUGUGCGAGCCAUGGCCCUGACACACACGUGCAACACUCCUUGGGCAGAGUCAUCUUCCCGUCUACAUUCAAGUUUUUAUAAUAAAACCAAAGGCCUGAAACCAUUUGGAGAGCAUGUUAUCAAGGAGAUGAAUCGCCUUGGAAUGAUUGUGGACCUAUCACAUACUUCCACUUUCACAGCAAAAGAUGUUCUCUCGAUUACAAAGGCUCCAGUAAUCUUCAGCCACUCUUCUGCCUCAGGUGUAUGUAACCAUCCACGAAAUGUACCAGAUGACAUCCUGCAAUUGCUGAAACAGAACAAGGGGCUGGUAAUGGUGAAUCUUCACAGUGGCUUUAUCAGCUGCAGCUCUGAAAGAGGAAAUGUGUCGAGUGUGGCAGAUCAUUUUGAUCACAUAAAGAAGAUUGCUGGUGCAGAAUCAAUUGGAAUAGGGGGUGAUUAUGAUGGUGCUGAUAGGUUUCCUGAAGGACUAGAAGAUGUUUCAAAAUAUCCUGCCUUAAUAGAAGAGCUUUUGCAAAGGGGCUGGAAUGAAACGGAGCUUGCUGGAGUCUUGAGGCGCAACUUUCUAAGAGUUUUCAGAGAUGUAGAGAUGGUGAGCAGCAGAAGCCAUCGCCUGCCUGAUGAGAAAGAAAUUGCUCAGGCAGAGGUUAUAAAUCCUUGCAGAUCAGUUUUGAAGAACCCGCAUGAUAAAGCAAAGAGUUCUCAAGCCGCAAACACAGCAACAGUUUUCUUCAGUUUUUAUCUACUACUCACCACAAUUUUUAUAAUCUUGCUUUCAAAAUAAUAUAUAUAUAUAUAUAUAAAUUAUGUUAAUAUAGAAAAAAUGAAAAAA